GUGUCUAUGACUCUCUGAUCCCUCAGUUUGUCCUCUCAGGUGUCUAUGACUCUCUGAUCCCUCAGUUUGUCUUCUCAGGUGUCUCUGACUCUCUGAUCCCUCAGUUUGUCUUCUCAGGUGUCUAUGACUCUCUGAUCCCUCAGUUUGUCCUCUCAGGUGUCUAUGACUCUCUGAUCCUCAGUGUAUCUGACUCUCUGAUCCCUCAGUUUGUCCUCCCAGGUGUCUCUGACUCUAUGACCCUCAGUUUCCUCCCAGGUGUCUCUGACUCUCUGAUCCCUCAGUUUGUCCUCUCAGCCCCCACCCUCUCCCGACCGCUGCUCCUCCACCUGGGUGAGGAGUUCUCCCUCCAGCUGGGGAGUGGAGGAUCCUCCUGGUCUGGACCUUCCUUUCCUCCCUCCUCCUCCUCCUCCUCCUCUGCAGUGAACCGGGCUCUUGCUGCAGCUCACACACGCCUCCUGCAGCUCGGCGAGCAGGAGGAGAGCGCUGAGAAGGGGAAGAGGUCCGAGGCCCCGAUCUCUCUGGACCUGACCUUUCACCUCCUGAGGGAGGUGCUGGGCGCGGCGGAGCAGCUCGCCGUUCAGGCGGACAGCAACCGCAGAAUGAUGGACGAUCGGAAGAAAUAA